GAAACUGCUCCUCUUCCUCACUCCUCAAUCCUGUGUCUGUACCGGUAAACGUUCACUAUACUGGUCAGGCUGUGUUAAAUCCAUAUUAAAUACUUUACCUUAAAUCUCAUAUUUGGACUUUGCUUGAGUAUUGUACUUUAUACUCCUACUCCUAUUUCAGAGGAUCAGAUGAAGAUGAAGAGGAUCUGGUUCUGGUUCUGUUGGGUUCUGGCACCCUCGAUCUGGGCCUCACCCCCCCUGUACUCGCUGCAUCCCUCCCCCACCAUGUUCUCGUUGGCGGAGGCUUCCUGCCACCCCGGCAGACUCGCCUCCCUGUCCUCGGACCAGGAGGUCUCUGCGGUGCUGGACCUGGUCUCCGGGUCGAACCACUCCACUUUCUGGGUUGGGCUGAGGAAGGUGAAGGACGCCUGUGUGGACCUGGAUCUUCCUCUAAGGGGAUUCAGCUGGACCGGGGGGGGCAGCUGGGCUCCGCAGGUGGUCCGCUGGGCCCAGGAGCCCCAGGAGACCUGCACCAAUUUACGCUGUGCUGCCAUCAGGCUGGACUUGACCAAUACCACCGGGACCAGCUGGGGCCUGAUUCCCUUCAGCUGUAAGACCGAACACCCCUCCAUCUGUAAGGGCUGGGGGAUCGGAAACCCAGCACCAGAACCAGUACCAGGUACAGGAUCAGAACCAGAACCAGAAAAAAGACCAGAACACAACCCAGAACUAGAAACAGGACCUGAACGAGAACCUGAAAAAAUACCAGAACCUGACCUGAAGCCUGACUCUGGACCACAACCCGCCCUGAAGCCAGACUCUGGACCAGAACCAGACCUGAAGCCUGACUCAGGACCAGAACCUGACCCGUGUCCCAGGCCUCUGGACCCUGGCACCCGCUCCCUCAGUGUGAAAAACAGCACCUCGGUUCUGGUGGAAUGCUGGUCCGGUCUGCAGCUGGACCUGGUGUGCUCGGGCCGCCCUCCCGCAUGGCGUCUUACAGACGGAUCCAUGGCCAACCUGAGUGCCGCUUGCCAGCCCUGUGAAUCGGGCUUCAUCAGAAACGGGUCCGGAAACUGUGAGGACAUCGAUGAGUGCAACGGGGGGGCCGGGCCCUGCAGAACCUCCUGUCUCAACAAAGUGGGGUCCUACAGGUGUUUCUGUGUCGAUGACGCCGGCGAGCAUCACGCCGAGGAUUCACCGGUUUGCGCUCCGACCCUUGGCUUCCUCUUGCCACUGCUGGUUGCCGUGGCAGCGCUGGUGGUGCUGGUGUUGGUCGUUGUGGUGAUUGUGGUGCUCUGCAUGAGGAGGAAACGUGCCAUGAAGAACAAAGAGGGCUAUGAACCGGCCAAUGAGAAGGAUGCAUCGUGAGGAGCAGAGCUGUGAUUUGUCCUGACAGAAAAAUUAUAUACACAUGUUUAUAAAAAACCUUGAAUAUUCACUGAGAUUAUUAACACAAUUACACAUAUGAGAACAACGUGGAUUUUUCUGUGAGGUGUUUGUUAUAAAUACAGCGUGUUAUUUGUUUAAAAAGUAAACCUGGAUUAUUGUUUAUGAUGUUUACUACGUCUAUAUUUCAUUUUGUAACCAUGAUGAUAUAAGUAAUCUCUUAUAAAUAUCCAGUGUACAUUUAGGACUGAAGACAAACUGUUAUCCAGUUUGAAUUCAGGGAAAUGAUUUUAUAUUUCAGAUUCUGUUGAAUAUGUGAGUGUCUGUAUUCAAAUGUGAUCAUGUGUUUUUACUUUGUGAUCAAUAAAGAUUUUUUGCUGUUUUGGAUCAAGAAA